ACAAAAAUAUAAUACGUUUCAAGUUCGCAUCAAGAGCGAAUAGAAAAAGAUACAUUGGCAGACCUAUUCUAAAAACAAAGAAUUGUAAAAAUGAUGCGGUGGCCAUUCAUCCUUCUAGCUUGGAAUAUUUUUGUAAAUCAACUUAUUUUUGGUGUCCCAGUGGCUCAGGUUCCAUAUUCACAGUUACCAGGAUUGCCAACGUUUAUCAAUUACAUUGGGAAUAAGGCUUUACCUGGCGGAACACAACAAUCGAUUUUUAGUCCAAAUUUUAAUUCAGGACAAGUUGUAACCUCUAGUGGUAUUGCGACAAAUCCAAUUGACACCGGACCUGCUGCGGCUAUGGAUUUGAUUGGUGAAGGUGUUGCUCAAGCUGGACACGGACUAGGGUCAUCCGUUAGCACCUUACUGGGAUAUGUGGGCCAUGCUCUAGGUACAAUGGUUAGUGGAUUGCUGGGAUAUGGAAGAGUUAAUACGAAUGUAGUGACAUAUAAUGCUCCAGUCGGAACAAGCAAUGCUCCAAGCUCUUCGCCAACUCAACCAUCGCAACCCUCACAACCUUCGCAACCCUCACAACCAUCUCAACCCUCACAACCAUCGGAACCCUCACAACCCUCACAACCAUCGCAACCCUCAUAACCAUCGGAAGCUGAAACACCAACCACAACAUAAACACAAUACAAAAUAAAUAAAAAAUCAAUAAAAAAGAUGUUUUGAUUGAAUUAUCAAAAA